AUGGUUUACCUAAGUUUUCUCUUGGCAUUGUGUUUCACUUGUUGCCGUCUCAGUCACGGCGUCGGCCUUCACGGAUUUCAUUUCCACGGUCUGGAAGAGCCACGACCUUUGAGGAAAUCGGACCGCGAGAAUAUAACCGAAGCAUGGAUCCAGCAACCUGUCGAUCAUUUCAAUCCUCGCGACAAUCGCACUUGGCCGAUGCGUUACCUGGAGAACUCGAGGUACUUGAAGAGAAACGGACCAAUUUUCAUCAUGAUUGGAGGAGAAUGGGCAAUAUCUAGAGGUUUCUUAGAAACUGGUUUGAUGUACGGGCUAGCCACUACUCACAACGCGAUCAUGUAUUACACCGAGCAUCGUUACUACGGGAAAAGCAAACCGACCAAAGAUACCAGUUCGCCAAGUUUGCAAUAUUUAAGCGUGGACCAAGCACUGGCGGACUUGGCACGUUUCAUCGAGGCGAGGAAAAGGGGGGAAGGAUUGGAGAACAGUACCGUGGUUGUUUUUGGCGGGUCUUACGCUGGAAGCGUGGCCACUUGGCUCAGACUAAAGUACCCUCAUCUCGUUCAAGGUGCCCUGGCUAGCAGUGCUCCGAUCUUCGCGAAAGCCGAUUUCUACGAGUAUUACGAAGUGGUGACCGAAUCGCUGCGCAGACACAGUGAGAAAUGCGUGGACGAGGUGAGAGCUGCGUUCAAGGCUGUCGAAGAGUUGCUCGUUGCUGAAGAUGGCCCGCAAAUAUUGAAACAACGUUUCAAGCGUUUGGUGGUACCGUUCAAUACGACAAAAUGGAGAAUGGCCGAACAAUGAUUACCGCUUGCUGCGAGAACAUGACCAAUGUACUUUUCGGCAGUCCUCUUCAGAGAUUGGCGCGUUUCGUGUCGAGUGGAAAGAAAUGCUUGGAAAACAAUUAUGAGAAGUUUGUCAAAUUGUACAGAAACGAGACGUGGGACGCGCAACCUGACAUAAUGAGGCAAUGGUUCUAUCAGACUUGCACGGAAUACGGUUAUUAUCAAACGACGAAUUCCAACAAAACGACCUUUGGAUCCUCGUUGUCGUUGCGUUAUUUUACCGACAUUUGCAGAGACUUGUACGGGGAGUAUUACAACGACGAACUCUUGCAUGCCAGAAUCAAAAGAACAAACGUAAUGUACGGCGGUUUACGGCCAGAUUUGCGGAACGUUAUUUUUACCAACGGAAACGUCGACCCAUGGCAUGCUCUGUCCGUUCUCCAGGACUUAAAUACACUUUCCCCCGCCAUACUUAUCAAUGGAUCGUCGCAUUGUCGUGAUUUGUACGGUGACUCAGACGCGGAUGUGCAAGAUCUCAUCCGAGCUAGAGCGAAAGUACGCAAAAUUAUUGGGAGCUGGAUUUCUUCUUAA